AACUGAUUGGGGCCGGAUUUCCAUAGAGAAAUUUCCAUGAAUUUGGCACCUUAAUUUCCGAAAUAUUGAGAGAAAUCCAUUUACAUGUAUAAUUCAUGAGAGCUAUUGCAUCCGGUAUGUUAUCUCCUUCUGAGCAGAAUCGAAGGAGAAUCGCUGUGGGAAUCUCAUAGUGAUUGAGAAAUUGAAACAGCUCAAGAGCGAAUCCACCACCAGGUAUUUUCACAUCUCCUCCCACCCCACAUGUAUUCGAUGUUUUUUCAAGCGCUGUCCACUCUGAAUCAGCAAUCAUUUGACUGAAUUUCGACAGAAAACCAGAUGUAGCCAUGUACCGCAUUGGUUCACUUUGAAUUUGAGCAUCAUUUCGUGUGUGAGCCCAUCCACUUGUUAAAAUAAUAACCUGGAAAAUUAAAGAAUCCCAUUAUCUAGUCAGACUGGAGAUAAAAAUGUACAUGCAAAUUAAGAUAAGUUUGUAAUUACAAAUUCAACUUGGACUAGCAUCAAAUACCUUAUUUAUUUGCUGAUCUUCAAUAAACUGCUUGACAGAAUUGAACAAGGCGCUGGGUUUCUUUGUAACAGGUGAUCGUAUCUGAAUUGCAAUUAAUUUUCUCUCGGAAUUGUGAUAAAUAUCACAUGAAGUACAAAGUUGCGUGGAAUUUGCAUUAUAUGGGUUGCCACCGACAAUUGGAAUAAAGCAGCAACUCGUUAUAUGCCCUAUUUUUUCUAAUUCACCGUUUGAAAUUAUGAGAUCAAUGGUUAACUGGGCUACAUUUCCCACUGCUACUGCAGGAAUUAUCAAUGUACAAUCGUGAAAAUUUCCUGUAUUUGUCAGUUUUAUCAUUUUGAAUAGUGAAACUUUCAACAAAAGCACUAAUCAAUUAAUAUUAAUAUUAUAUACAUGUAUGGUCCUAUGAAUUACAAAGUCCGUAAAAUUUAAUCUCAUAAGUCUGCAAUUCAAUAUUUUUAACAACUCAUCAAUGCGGAAGCUUUAAAUUCAACGCUCACUUCACACGCAACCGGAAUGUGCUUCUUUCACUCAUCAUUUUUGGUGCAGCAGGACAAGACAUACGCAUAUACAAUAUCGGGAGAGAGAGAGGUGUGUGUGUACGUUGGAUGUAUAUAUAUAUAUAUAAUAAUAAUAAUAAUAAUAAUGAUAAUAGUAGAUGGUUUACUUAUGUUCCCAUUUGAGGUUAUAGUUGUGUGUAUACUAAAUUUUCAAUAGUGAGUGUUAUAAAUAUGCCAUAAAAUAAAGGAUAUAAAAUAAAUUUUAAAAAAGUGUAGUGUUACAAUAAUAAAAAAAGACAAAAAUGUUGAGUUGUGGUAGAGGAAUUGGCCAAAUAUCACGGAUCACCAGACAUGCGUAUCCCAAUUGCAUCAAAUCGGCAAUUUUUGAAUUCACUGGAAAAAUUGGAAGUCUGAGGCAUGCGAGUAACAAUAAAAUUAAUAAGCCUGUGACAAAACAACGGGGCACAACGAUUAGAGCUGAAGAAUGUGUGCCACCAAAAUUUAAUGAAAAAUCAAUGGAGCCUUCGUCGAAAAGCUCCACUAAUACAUGUCCACCGGAAUGCGAAGAAAUUUGUGGUAAAAUACCACCCAAGGGCCCAUCGGAGAAUAACAAUGCUCCUAAAUAUUGGAAACACAUUAUUACGGUCAUAAUCGUUGCAGGUGUCGCAAUCUAUACGUAUACCCGUACCGAUUGGAUGAACCAAGAGAAUGAGGGAUCAAUAUUGAAAACUCCCUCAAAAAAGAAAAAGGAGAAUGAAAAAGUGAAGAAGACGGUAAAAGCUCGCUAUCCAGUCAGUUCAGUUUCACUUCCCACAGAUGUUCCCUAUUUAUUAAUUGGAGGAGGAACAGCAGCUUUUUCUGCAUUUCGAUCGAUUAAAUCCCGUGACCCAAAAGCUAAGGUACUUGUGAUAACCAACGAGCCAGAUCAUCCCUAUAUGAGACCACCGUUAUCGAAAGAGUUGUGGUACAACAAAGAUAGGGAAACAUCAGCACAGUUGACUUUCAGGCAGUGGAAUGGUACAGAAAGAAGUUUAUACUAUGAGCCUCCAGAAUUCUAUGCCAAUGUCGAUAACCUCAUGAAAUCAGACAAAGGGGGUGUUGCAGUUGCAACAGGUUGGACGGUCAAAAAUAUUGAUCCUUUCAAUAGAAUAGCAAUACUCGAUGAUGGCUAUGAAAUUAAAUAUGAUAAGUGUCUCAUUGCCACUGGUACAUCGCCAAAGAAUCUUUCGAUAUUUGAAAAUGCCGAUGAAUCAGUUAAAUCUAAAGUCAUUCCAUUCAGGACUAAGGAUGAUUUUCUAGAACUUGAGGAGAGGCUAGCUGAUCCGAAAGUCAAGAAUGUCGUUAUUGUUGGAGGUGGAUUUUUAGGCUCAGAGCUUGCCUGUUCACUCUCACGAAAUCUUGAAAAUACACAGAAACAUGUGUAUCAGAUUUACAAGGAAAAAUUCAUAAUGGCACAAGUUUUACCAGAGUAUUUGAGUGAGUGGACUACAAAGAGAUCGACAAUGGAGGGAGUAACAUGUGUGCCUAAUGUUGAGAUUGAGAAUUAUGAAGUGAAAAAAGGACAACUAAAUUUAAUAUUGAAUAAUGGAAAGACGAUUGAAGCUGAUCAAGUGGUAGUUGCAGUAGGAGUUACCGCUAAUACCCAACUCGCUGAGCCAUCUAAUCUCGAAAUUGAUCCGGAAACUGGUGGAUUUUUGGUAAAUGCUGAACUCGAAGCGCGAAGCAAUCUUUGGGUAGCUGGUGAUGCUGCUUGUUUCUAUGAUGUAAAGCUUGGUCGAAGACGAGUUGAGCAUCAUGAUCAUGCAGUCAUUUCUGGAAGACUUGCUGGCGAAAAUAUGACUGGUGCAGGCAAGCCUUAUUUGCAUCAAUCAAUGUUCUGGUCAGACUUGGGCCCAGACGUUGGCUAUGAGGCCAUUGGAAUCGUUGAUUCGAGCCUCCCUACCGUUGGUGUAUUUGCCAAGGCUGAAGACAAACACAGCAAUGUAAAGACAGAUACUCAACUGAGCAACGAUCAGUCGAAAGACGAAGAAAGUGCUCAAAACAUAUCACUGACCAAUAAGGGAGAACAAUCUUCUCCAAUAGCUUCGCAAGCUGAACAGGACUAUGGCAAAGGAAUAAUUUUCUAUCUCAGGAAUGACACUGUCGUAGGCAUUGUACUAUGGAAUAUUUUCAACCGUAUGUCAGUAGCUCGUCAGGUGCUGGCAAGAGGGACGCAUUAUGAGGAUUUAAACGAAAUAGCAAAACUCUUUGCCAUUCAUGAAGAGUAAUUGAAAUAAAAAUGUAUAAAAAGAGUUGCAGGACUCAUACAAAUCCCCUAGGCAUUUAAUAUUUUAAAUUAAAGAAAGAAAAGAAAAAGAAAAACUAAUUGAAGCUUGAGUUGUGUUAUUUGAGUAGUAAAAAAUCUAUAAAGCGAGAAACUCAAGCAGAGGUGCAGGCAAUUGAAGGUCAAUUAGGAGUGAGAAUCCUCAAUCCUCUUCCAUGUCCGUGGUUUUGUUUUGAUUCAGUGAUGAAAGAAUUUGGUUUUGAUACUUCUGCGACAAUCGAUCCAUGUAACUUAUGUAAUUCUCGUACUGAUAACUACUCAAAUCCUGUAAGAAAAAUGAUAACAAACAUAAUUAUUGAUUUUACUUUCAAACAGUAAGAAGGGAAAAAAUAAUAGUUAUGAAUUAAUCAUGGAAACAAAGCAAUACUUGCAAUGUUUUCCGGCCAAUAUUUUUUGUCGACGAUAUCCUGCAUGAUUUUUGCUUCACAGUGUUGCAACAAUGAAAUACAAUAGUAAACAAUGUGAUCUGGAGGAUAUAAUAUGCAUAUGGCCAGAAAGUGAAUAAUUUCCGACCAUUCAAGUACUCCCCAAAAACAUUGAGACAAAAAUCGGUUACAGAUCAUCCACCAUUUAAUUCCCCAUUCAUUCUGGUGAAUAUAAUUAAACAAAGUUAGUCCUCAUGAAUUAGUUGUUGUAAUGGAAAAAAUAUUCAUACCAUCAUGGCAUAGUUGAUUUCAGGAAAUUCUUGAAUCACAAUUGAGUCAAUUUGCUGAGCCAACACGAAUUGCGUCGUCAGAGUUUGAACGGAACUUGCCUUUCCAUGGGAAAUGCCAUGAAAAUUCCACAUAUAAAUUGCCGAUGGGAAUCGCACAAUAUUCUUCGCAAAAUGUUUACAUCUGAAACCCAUGAAAAAUGACAAGUCUAUGAUGAAAAAUUGAAAUCUUGAUCAAUGGUAGUAAAAAAAAAAAAAUAUCGAAAUGAAGAUUAAGUUUUCAAUCUGAGACAUGUCGAUGAUGAUUAAAAGUCUGCUAGAGUCUGUUGUUGAAUUAUUUUCCAAUUGAUUCGCGGCUUACUGAGACGCUAUCAUUACAUCAAUCUUACCUAUCCAAAUUACCAUCGCAAAUGAUGAAUAUUGUUCCGAGAAACCAAUCAAACGCCUCGAAAUCUUCACUUCUUUGGUAUUUUAUAAAUUUAUGUACAGAUUCGAAAAUGAGCUUUAAAUCAUCUUUAAUGUUCAGUUUAUUAUUUGAAUUUUCCCAGUGAUCUUCGGAAAAUCUAAUAACCAAAUUCAGACCAAUAUCCUCCUCUGGCAACCACUGGUAGCCAGAUGGUGUUGAUUUAGAAUCGUCCCAUUUGUACAUGUCAAUCCAUUCAACAGCGGCUAUUGCCCUCUCCAUUUGAUCCAAGAGCAUCAAAUAUGUAGAAUGCUAUUAAGUGGUGAAAAAGAUGAUAAAUAUUUGAAUUUUUGCUUAUAUUAUACCAACGACUCUUGGAUAUUUUAUUAUUAACAAUACCUUCAUUGGACCCGGUGAAUUUCCAUGGGCAUUCCUGAUCUGCAUUACCCAUCCACUGUCUCUGAGACCUGGCUUACAAUCAUGUAGUAAUUGUUCAAGCUCCGAUGAAGGUGACUCAGAUGUUGAUGAUGAAAAAAUCACAUCAUUAUUUUCAAAAAGUGUUGGAGGUGGAAAACUUGAAUAGAGUGUGCACUUGUCAGGAUUCUCAUAAUUUGUCAAUUUUUCCAAUUUAUGCCUGAUAAAAUACGAUUUAGAUAGGAUGCUAUUGCGAAGCAUACUGCUUUCGUCAAUAAGAUGAACUUGAUGGAACUCCUCAAUUUUAUUUUCUUCAGUAUAAUUCUCGCUGUCAUUGAAUUCUUCAUUUCCUUCAUCCUGACUGCUAUCUUUAUACUUUGUAACUUCAAUGAGGCAGGACUCUUGAAGUUGAAGGAGUUUUGACUGUAAGUAAUAAUUUGUCAAUUAAUGUUAUUUGCUUUUGCGACUUGGCUUGAUAGUCGCUGCCAUGAAUACCUGCAAAUUAUAGCGAUUCAGUAAAUAAAUCAGAAUAUCAAGAUUCCAAAUAACAGUUUCUAAUGACAAAAGGCUGAUGUAGUGGAAGGAUGAAUCAAUUGUGAUGGCAUGAUUAAAAAGUUGACACAAAUUUCGGGGAUAACCACAAUAGUCGUCAGCUGAAUCUUCGUCCAUCAUAAAAAUGAGAAAACCUAGAGAUAGAAAUAAAUAUAUGAAGGAGAAAUCCCAUUGAAGCAUCAGAAUGUGUAGAUAAAUGCGCACAUUUUGUAUUGUGUGAAAAUAGAGAGAGAACAUGAAUAAAUUUUUUAACAUGUU